CCGACCGUGACGCCCCCUCCCUCCCUUGUGAGGUCUCUCUCUCUCUCUCUAGAGAGCUUCCACGAUGCUGUCAAUGAAGAUUAAACCGAGUGUGAGUUGUACUGGCUCUUUCAAAACCUACACAUUUACAUAUCCCUCUCCGAACCCAAUUGCUAAAAUUCUCGUCAUUAAUUCAAUCUUGGCGACUCCAAAGGUCUAUCUCAUUCAAUCACCGACGACGCUUUCUAAUCUCAAAUUCAAUCGCCGCGCGAUAAUAAACACCAAGCUCUCUGCUUCUUCGGCAUCCGCGGUCCAAGCAUUUGCAGAAGAAGAAACACCCACCGAGGACUCAACCUCAUCAAUUCAACCUCAAAAGGAGGAGGUUAUUGAUAUACAUAAGCUUGGAGUGGUUGUGAAGCCACCGCAGAAACCAAGCCUUGUGUUGAAGUUUGUAUGGAUGGAGAAGAACAUUGGUCUUGCACUCAACCAAGUGAUUCCAGGCCACGGCACAAUUCCUCUGAGUCCCUAUUACUUUUGGCCUAGGAAAGAUGCUUGGGAGGAGCUCAAAGUAAUGCUCGAGAGUAAGCCCUGGAUAUCUCAGAAACAGAUGAUCAUUCUUCUUAAUCAGGCCACUGAUAUCAUCAAUUUGUGGCAACAGAGUGGUGGCGAUUUGUUGUAAGGUUUAUUUUAGGAAUUUUCAUGUAUUUUGUGUAAUUUGUUGCAUUAUUAUUGUUAUUGUCUGUUGAUGUAAGACAUUGUUUGGAGAUGAUGUUACUUUGUCAACAAUUAGGAUAUGCGCAUUGUUAUCAGUUUUCUGUA